UGCUCGACUGUACAAUAUUUUUUCCCGUGUUUCCGAUUUCUCCGGACAAGCGAUGGCAUUCGUUUCUCUUUCCCUUCCAAAGUAGAUGCUCUUCCCUCGCAUUGACUGACUAUCUUCACGGCGGCACUCUUCUUAAACGCACUGUUUAAGAAGAAGAUGGUGAAAUGAAGCGCGUCUUCGAGGAAAUCUCCGACGACGAGUGGGACAACCACUCCUUCAAACCCUCUCGCGUCCUCGGAAACCACCAAAAACCUCCUCCUCCUAUCGAAGCCUUUGCUUACGGCUCCUCUAACCCCCAACACUCCGACCGGAGCUGCAGCGACGACUGCGUCGAUAUCACGGAUGUUUUGGAGAAAAAAUGUUUUGAUUUGGAGGACGAGGAUGCGGAGGUAGAGGGCACGAGACCCACGACCAACCGUGGUCGUCGGUUCGUUGUCGAUGAUGAGGAGAGCAAUGAGGAUUUCAAUGAAUUCUAUGAGGUAAAGUCGAGCCCCGACGUAAAGGAGGACGACGAAAAUGUUGAUGUGGUCGGGAAGGCUUUGCACAAGUGUGCAAAGAUAUCGACGGAGUUGAAGAGAGAGCUGUACGGCUCCUCGCUGACCACGUGCAGCCGUUACGCGGAAGUAGAGGCUUCUUCUGUGAGGAUUGUGACUCAGGAUGAUAUUGAUGCGGCAUGUAGGUCUGAGGAUUCGGAUUUUCAACCUGUUCUCAAACCAUACCAGCUGGUUGGUGUCAACUUUCUUCUCUUGUUAUAUCAGAAGGGUAUUGGUGGAGCCAUAUUGGCAGAUGAGAUGGGCCUUGGGAAGACUAUACAGGCUAUUACAUAUUUGACCUUGCUGAAACACUUGAACAAUGAUCCUGGUCCACAUUUAAUUGUAUGUCCUGCUUCUGUUUUGGAAAACUGGGAGAGGGAACUUAAAAAGUGGUGUCCAUCAUUUUCAGUUAUCCAAUAUCAUGGGGCUGCACGAUCAGCGUAUUCGAAAGAGUUGAGCUCUUUAGCUAAAGCAGGAUUGCCACCUCCUUUCAAUGUUAUUCUCGUAUGUUAUUCACUUUUUGAAAGACACAGUGCAAAGCAGAAAGAUGACCGUAAAUUUCUGAAACGUUGGCAAUGGAGCUGUGUGCUGAUGGAUGAAGCCCAUGCCUUGAAGGAUAAAAAUAGCUAUAGGUGGAAAAACCUUAUGUCUGUCGCACGAAAUGCAAACCAGCGGCUAAUGCUGACAGGAACACCACUCCAGAAUGAUCUACAUGAGCUGUGGUCGUUGUUGGAGUUUAUGAUGCCUGAUCUUUUUGCUACUGAGGAUGUUGACCUGAAAAAGCUUUUAAAUGCGGAUGAUAUGGAUUUGAUUGGUCGUAUGAAGUCUAUUUUAGGACCAUUUAUUUUGAGACGGUUGAAAUCUGAUGUAAUGCAGCAACUUGUUCCAAAGAUUCAAAGGGUUGAGUAUGUUGGAAUGGAAAAGCAACAGGAAGAUGCAUAUAUGGAAGCUAUUGAGGAGUAUCGUGCAACUUCACGAGCUCACAUUGCUAAAAGCUCGAAUAAUCUUUUUGGAGUUCUUCCUCGGCGUCAAAUAUCUAACUAUUUUGUUCAGUUUCGUAAGAUUGCAAAUCAUCCUUUAUUGGUUAGACAUAUUUACAGUGAUGAGGAUGUUGUUCGUUUUGCUAAGAAGUUACAUCCAAUGGGUGCUUUUGGCUUUGAAUGUAACUUGGACCGAGUAAUUGAUGAAUUAAAGGGUUAUAAUGACUUCUCCAUUCACCAGCUUCUACUUCAUUACGGUGUCACUGCUACAAAGGGAAUUCUUUCUGACAAACAGGUUAUGCUUUCAGCAAAAUGCCGGGCAUUGGCUGAACUUCUUCCUUCACUAAAGCAAGGUGGGCAUCGUGUUCUGAUUUUUAGCCAGUGGACAUCAAUGCUUGAUAUCUUGGAAUGGACUUUGGAUGUGAUUGGGGUUACAUAUAAACGACUCGAUGGAAGUACUCAGGUGUCAGAGCGACAGACAAUAGUUGAUAUGUUUAACAAUGAUACUUCUAUAUUUGCAUGCUUGCUGUCCACGAGAGCCGGAGGUCAGGGUUUGAACUUGACUGGAGCUGAUACCGUUGUCAUUCACGACAUGGAUUUCAACCCACAGAUUGACCGACAGGCCGAAGACCGCUGUCAUCGCAUUGGCCAAACAAAGCCUGUUACAAUAUACAGGCUGGUUACCAAAGGUACUGUUGAUGAGAAUGUUUACGAGAUUGCAAAACGCAAGUUAGUCUUGGAUGCUGCAGUCCUCGAGUCUGGCAUGGAGAUGGAUAAUGAAGGUGAAACAUCUGAAAGGACUAUGGGAGAGAUAUUAUCCUCACUUUUGCUGGGUUAGAACAUUGCUCGUCUUUGAGAUAGACUGCAGCCAGAAAAUCCUGUUUUAAUUGAUUUGCAUAUGCUUAACAUGUGAGGUCUAAUGUACUAUUGAUCAGCUGGUUCGAGAAAAAAACCCAUACAAAGAUUUAUAGUCCAUAUGCUUUAGGGAUGUAACUUAAGUCCAAAUGGUUAAUCUAGCGGUUUAAGCCGAAAUACACGACAUUCUAGGUAGCAUGGUAGACAUUUUAUUUUUA